UUGGUUUAGUUUGGAAUUUACUGGUUUUUCACCGGAUUUCACGAAAUUCCGAAUUCCGCCUGUGCCCGAAACAGAAGGGCAUGUCGGAAUCGUAAACCCUGGAUGUGACAUAUUCUAGUAUACAAUGAAUAUAGAUAGAGGUAUGUCCAAAUUCGUAAUACUAGAAUAUGUCAUAUCUAAUUACAUAGAUUGGUUUUUUAUCGGACGGAGGGAGUACAUACCACACACUUGCAUUUUCGGACACGAAGAACUAACCUAAAGCCGUCCAUGGCUUCCAUGCCUCUACCUGUGCUGUACCCAUCCGGGGCCAUUGAAUCCAUUGGAGAAAAAAAAAAAGGGCCCAAGAAUUCUAGAAGAUCUGUUCAUCUGCUGUACCCAACCCGUGCAGUUGUAAAAGCGCUGAACUGGUAACGCACGCACGCCUCACACUAUCCCCACUCCACUCUCCCAUCACUCAUCACCCGCACGAGUAAAAACCAUUGGCCUCGCCGCUCACGCGCACCAGCGUCCCACACUCUCCAACCAAAAGCCGGAACCGACGGCGUCGCAGCGCAGCGCAGCGGCCGCGUUCGACAGCCAUUGCCACCGCUCCCCAUGACGGUCGCCGCCGCAGCAGCAGCAGCAGCAGACGAUGCCGGAAGACCGGGCGCCGCCGCGGCGAGGCUCCGCGUGAUGUGGCGCGUCGUGCGCGCGGCGGAGGCGCUGGCCCUGGCCGUCCUCCUCUCCCGCUCACUCCCCCUCCUCCCCGUCGCGGCGGGCGCGGCGGGCGCCGUGCUCCGCGUCGGCGCGUCCUUCCUCCUCCACCCGUGCUCCGUCUUCCUCCUCGCCAACGGCAUCGUGGUUCUCCUCGUCGCGCUCUCCCGCCGCGACCGCCCCUCCUCCUCCUCCUCGUCCUCUUCCUCAUCAUCCUGCUCCGACGACCACGACGACGUCCACGACCAGUUCCUCUCCUUCGCGGGCGCGCAUCUGCCGCCGCUGCCCGCCGCGAUCACCGGGGCGGCCGCGGCGGAUCAGGAGGAGGGCGCGGUGUUCGAGGACAAGCAGGCGGUGCACGUGACGCCGGCCCGCGCCGCCCCGCGGCGGAGCAGGUCCGAGAAGGUCGGCCGCGGCAGAAGGCCGACGAGGGCGGCGUCGCCGGAGCUGCGCCGGUCGGAGUCGGAGCGGUGCCGCCGCCGCCGCCGCUCCCUGUCGUCGUCGUCCGCGUCGCUGGCGGACUGGGGCAUGGAGGAGGACGACGGCGGGGAGAAGGAGGAGGAGGAGUUCCGGAGGGCGGUGGAGGCGUUCAUCGCGAAGCAGCAGACGCGGUUCCACCGGGAGGAGUCGUUCGUCCUGGUCGCCGGCGCCGGCGCCGGAGACGAGACGAGUGCUGCUGCUGCUGCUGUUGAAGUGAAGUGAGGCCUUCGCCUCUCCGAGACUCGAAGAGCGUGAUGAUGAGUGUUGAAAGGAUCGAUCGGGUGGGGAAGCGUGUAAAGAAUGUCUUGGUGCCUUGUUUGGUGUACAAGUUUUGCCUUUUGUCUCUUGUCCUCCCAGCAUCUGGAAAUGUUUCUUUUCUUUGUUUGCUUUUUGGCGUGUCUGUGCCCACUGCUUCGUCCAAAGCUUCUUACGCUGCCAAUGUACUGCUGGUACAAACCACCACCAA